CCGACCGUGACUGCGACCCUCCACACAUCCUGCCACUUGCACUUUCUGAUUGGUGCAAUGGUCCACUUACGAUCGAAUGCCACCGAGUCGAACCCGAACCCGCUCGUAAAUUUCAUCACGGUGCUUCCUGGGUUUGAAACGACCGAAGUUGAGAGUGCCAGGCAAUACCUACGCGCUCUUGCUGCACAAGUGCGCCCGGUGAUGCAAGCGCACGGAUUCACCGUCAAUAGCCUCGAAGAGUACGAAUGCAACAACGUAUUUGCCGGCCGAAACUGGAACAAUGGGGAAGUCAUCGAACUGGUGCUCCGCAGACGCGACGGGACAUUCCUCCCGACGUCCUGGUUGCUUAGUACGCUUUGUCACGAGCUUGCCCACAUCAAGCACAUGAACCACUCGGCUCCAUUCCAAGCUCUAUGGAAGCAGCUUCGAAAUGAAGUCCGGGCUCUCCAGGAUAAGGGUUUCUAUGGUGAUGGUUACUGGUCGUCGGGCACCCGCCUGCGCGACUCCGCCGUUGUAGCUGGCGAUGGUCAGGCUGUCGACGAGCUCCCGGAAUUCAUGUGCGGAGGUGCCCAAAGUCGUAGCCGUCCCCCGAAGCGGAGGAGACCUCGCGAUCGUCAAAGGAAGCCAGGGGAGCCGAUCGCUUCCCUUAGCUCAGGGCGGCAAACAGAGAAACGAAGAAAGGCAGGAGUGAGGGUGACAUCGAAAUACGCGUUUACGAGCGAAGGCUCGUCGCUGAUGGGAGAAGGUAGCGCAUCUACGACGGGAACAGGAUUUAGAAAGCAAGCAGGAAGCAAGCGGGCCAGGGAGGAGCGAGCACUCGCAGCUGAAAGGAGGAUGCAAGCAUCGAAAGCAACAGUGGAUGAGCAUCCUGAGGAAUCUGGCGACGAGAGGGAGGAAUUCGAGUUUGUCGGUGAAACCGACUCAGAACGACGACGCAAUAUUGCUGAAGACGACAACCAGAAGGCUGGGUCUUCUUGGCUGCAGUUCGAUAACGAUUUUGUGUUUUUCCAGAACCAAAAUCUUGACAUCGCGGGUCAUGGCCGGCCUCGCCCUUCUUCGGAACCUCCCGAAUCUGAUUUAGACGCUAUCGCCGCUUCCGAUUCGACAUCCUUAGUGCCUUCGCGCAAGAACAAAACCGCCGGAAUGGGCAACUUUGUGCGGAGCGAGAUAGAGCAACGUAAGAAAGAGGCUCUUGGGCUAGCUCCAGUGAGUGACAGAACUCGAAUCUUGGGCGGGACAUCUCGGCAACAGGAGUGGGCGUGUCAUUUGUGCACACUGAUCAACCAAGCCGGGUUUCUUGCGUGUUCAGCAUGUGGCACACCUAAACAACACGCUUCGUCGUGAAUGGCGCCUGCACGCAGCUCUUCAUAGACAGCAGGGGAUGCUAAUACGUACAAGUACUCGUGCCAGUUUACUAUACGCGCGUCGAUGCUCUUGCCGCGGCCGUGCAUUCAUUCCGAACGCUUCGUGGCUUUCAACACAAUUUCGAGUCAGCGUUGAGUGCGACGUUGAGUCCCUCGCUCCCAGAGCGACACCCCGAUUCGGAAUCGACUGGUGAAGUCACCUUUGACCAAGACCUGGGUCCCAUGCACACCCUUCCAGAGACCUACACUCCCAACUAAUCCUUCCCUCUGUCCUCUUCCUACUCACGCGGCUCAAAGCAACAUACGUGCACUCCAGCAACGAUGCCUCUGGCGCCCAAAGCCAUCUUCGUAGCUCUAUUUACUGCCAAUUGCGUAUUAUGGUCUUCUAGCCGCUACGGCCAUGUACCACGGACCAACUUUCUUCACGGAGACUCUAGUCUCGUCAGGCGGAUAGCAGAGGAGCUGGCUCAUCCGAAUAUGUCGAUUUUGGAGCAUGGAGAGAAGCAGUGCCAGCCCAUCGUAUUCCCCGCCGCAGACCAAUGCGCGCACGUCCGAGAUCAAUGCCCUCUCCCCCAGACGUUCCUCACCAUUCCGUACCUCGAGCGUUAUUACUGUGCCGACACCCCGCUACGGCCCUUAGUGUUCACAGGGUUGGUCGUGUGGCUCGUCUUUCUAUUUUCGACUCUGGGAAUCAGCGCUUCGGACUUCUUCACGCCGAACCUAGCCACGAUUGCGCAGUUACUGGGGCUGGAUGAAAAUGUGGCCGGCGUGACCUUCCUCGCGUUAGGAAAUGGCAGCCCGGAUGUGUUUUCAACAUUUUCGGCCAUGCGCGCCGGGACGGGCAGCCUGGCGAUCGGGGAACUUCUCGGCGCUGCGUCCUUCAUCGUCUCGUGCGUCGUCGGCUCGAUGUGCAUCAUCAAACCGUUCCAGUUGCACAAGGCGGCCCAGUUCCUGCGAGAUGUUGGAUUUAUGUUCGUGGCGGUCUCGUUGCUGUUGGUGAUCCUAUGGGACGGGUCCAUCCAUUUUUGGGAGUCGGCGCUCAUGAUUGGACUUUAUGUGCUCUAUGUGGCUACUGUCAUCGCUCAGAACUGGUGGGAACGGAGGCAAGACCAGAAGCGGGAGUUGGAAGCUAGGAUCCGUGCCGAAUACGACGACUCGGAUGCCACCCCUUCUCCUGGUUUUGGGCGGUAUAGAGACGAUCCCAGCCCUGCGCCUCUCCUCGUUGCUCCGUCCCCGACGAGGGCACGUGCUAUCUCUGCACCGGGAGCACCUCCGCGAUUGCAAACAGAGCUUCCCCGUCGACCGCACUCGCGAACACCCUCGCCCUCGCCCUCCUUCUCGACCAUGCCUUCAUUUUCGCUCGUCGGCGCGCUUGAAUUCCGGCAGGUUAUCGCAUCCUUGCAGCACGAAGCUGCAGGUCCAUCGCUGCACAUCUUUGACAGUCCAACACCGUAUGCUGGUGGGCAUUACAGUACUGUCCGAUCGAGAUCUCGCACUGUGAGCCACGACGGGCCGUGGGAUGCUGGGCUCGGACUUCCCCUGGACGUCGUUGACGAACGCGCUCAUCCACGGUUGAUCGUCACUCGCGAGGACUCGGAGAAUUACUUUGAUCACGAGACCAUAGACGCCAGUCCGACGACGUUGCACUCGCCGGCGCUCUCAGACGGCGACACCGAGUCGCAGAUACAUGUGCCCAGCAGACACCAGCGCACGCUUGACAGUCUCACUGCAGCGUUUCACACGUUGUUUCCCUCGCUCCAACACUUUCGGAGCAAGUCAAUCCUUGGCCAGAUUGCGUCUGUGUUUGCCGUUCCGGCCGUGCUAUGUCUCACACUCACAUUGCCCGUUGUGGUGACUCCGUAUCGGUCGUCUCAUCAUUCGCAUGAGAAAACACCUGGCGACGAAUCCAAUCUGAUAGACUUUGAGGAGGAAGGAGUUGAGCGUGUGCUGAUUGCCGAAGAAGAGCUGGAAGAGGAGAUGCACGGCAUGUCGUACAACAGAUGGCUCACCAGUGUGCAGUGCACUUUCGGCCCGUUAUUCUGCGCUAUGGUGCUGUUUGGCGGGCACAGGUACCAGCCCUGGGCGCUUCUCUGUGCCGGAAUCGUCGGCGUAGCGGUCUCCAUUCUUGUGCUCUUUUUCGGCGAACACGGAGACAACAUCUCGUACAGAAUGGUGCGGUGCUCGGUGGGCUUCUUCGUGGCUGUGGUCUGGAUCAUGGCAAUCGCAGACGAGGUUGUCAAGGUGCUGCAGACGUUCGGAUUCAUCUUCGGACUGUCUGAUGCCAUCAUUGGCUUGACUAUCUUUGCCGUAGGGAAUUCUCUGGCAGAUCUUGUCGCCAAUAUGAGCGUCGCGGUGUUUGCACCGAUCAUGGGCUUCUCCGCGUGCUUUGGCGGGCCGAUGCUCAAUAUUCUGCUGGGUGUUGGCGGCUCGGGCAGCUACAUCAUACACCAGACGUCGGUGCCAUACGAGUUGCACUUUGGCAAGACUUUGAUGGUCAGUAAUGUGGGCCUGAUGAUUCUGCUCGCAGCGACCCUUCUCGUGGUUCCUCUGAAUGGAUAUCACCUAACACGGACUUGGGGAUUUGUUCUGAUUGGAGCUUAUGCCAUUCUCAUGGCCAUAAAUGUCUUCGUCGAGCUUAAAUCCUGAUAUUUUAUGUACUCGUUUGUACCAACCUCUGUUAGAACCGGGGAUGUGUCAUCAACUUUCUGGAACUUGCCCGAUCGUCUCUCGGCACCAAACACGUCAUUACAUCAUUAACAGCUUGCGAAUCCUCUAUCAUGUCCGACGAAUCCUCUGAAAUCCAGAUAAACAUUAAGGGGCCGAGUGAGCUGAAGCUCCAGAUCACGAUAACCACCGACAAGACCGUCUUCGAGCUCAAGCAGGCCAUCGCGGAGAAAUCAGACGUGGAGGCGGAGAGACAGCGACUCAUCUACUCAGGACGCGUCUUGAAGGAUGAAGACCUGCUAUCAGUGUACAAAAUCCAAUCCUCGCACACUAUACACAUGGUCAAGGGUGCUGCUCGCUCUGGCGCGUCUACGUCGGCCCAGCCCCCGGUGGCCCAGCAGCUGCCGACUAUGCAGGCCGGGCAGAAUCCCCACGAUCCGUUGACGCUGCUGAACAGCCAUCAAGGCUUUGGGGCUAUGGCUGGGAUGAACCCCUUCGCGGACAUGGGCCUGAACUCCAACGACCCCAACAUGAUGCAAGGCAUGAUGAACAAUCCCCAAUUUUUGCAGCAAAUGUCUUCGAUGAUGUCUAACCCCGCCAUCAUGGAUCAGAUUAUCGCCAUGAACCCGCAAAUGGCGGGGAUGGCUCCUCAGAUCCGUAACAUGAUGCAGAGCGACCAUUUCCGGCAGAUGGUCUCGAACCCGGAGAGUCUGCAGCGAAUGCUCCAGAUGGCGUCGAUGUUUAACGGGGGGAUGGGCGGUGCCCCGGGCGCAGGCUCGUUCCCCGCUCCCGGUAUCCCAGGCUCGACGCCGUCCACGACCGCCAGCGCGCCCAGCGGGACUCCGGCUGCGCCUGGGAUGGGCAACAUGUUCGGCGGGAUGCCGCCCAUGGACCCAGGCAUGAUGGCGUUGUUGAUGGGCGCUGGAGGCUCGCCCUCAGCGACGACACCCCCGGCUGCGGGCACAGGUGCCCCCGCGCCAAAUCUGGGUGCGAUGUACCAGCAGAUGUUCGGCGGCGCCCCCGCUGCCCCGGCUGACACACGGGCACCGGAGGAGAGGUUCCAGGUGCAGCUACAGCAAUUGCAGGACAUGGGAUUCACCAACGGCGCGCAGAACGUGCGGGCUCUGCUCGCGAAUGGCGGGAACGUGCAUUCUGCCAUCGAGUACAUCCUUGGGGGCGGAGGUCUGCAGUAGAUUUUACAUAGGUGCAUAUAUCCAUUGUUUGUAUGUGGCAAAAGUAAUCAUGUUGUACACCGAGUCUCCCUCGAUGGAGUCUGAAGUGAAGAAAUGCGUGUCUGUUUUGAGGGAAGAGUAGACAGCACGGCUUUCUCCGCACUUA